AUGGCGGGCAGUCGGCGGCAAAGCAUGGCCCAACACUUCCCCACCUUGUCUACACCAUCCCCCGGGUUGGAGGGAUCCAUCCCGAUUUCCUAUCAUUCUCAGCGCGAGAUGCUGAACCUCCCCAACAUCUGCGAUACGACGAACCUAUCGAACGAUGUCGCCGCGUUAGGUUCCACAAUGAAUGGUGCCAAUGCUAGCCCCCGCUCCCUUACCUUUGGGCGCAAUAACAUCAUCACUCAAGUGGAGGACUACAAACGUAUUCUUGACUCCGUAGGCCAUUCGAACUACGCUACUAUCAAAAGCCUCUUCGAUCCCAACGAGCGGCAUGGUAUCCCGCCCGAAAUCGUCCCCACAGUACAAGUGUCCUUUGAGUUGUUUGAGGCUGUGCAGAACCGACUUGCCGCAACACGGAAAACCCUCGAUCGCACCAAGGGGGAUUUAUUUACUCGCAACCAACAAUAUACACUCCUGCUUUCCGAGAUGCAGACUCUCAAAGACGAGUACGCGACACUUCAAAAGCGAACCGUCGCGACGGAAUCCGGCAAUUUGAGUUUGCACCAGCAAGUCGCGAAACAAGACGUGACCCUUGAGCAACUGAACAAAGAAAUCGGGCAGGUCCAUCUUGAAAUGGACAUGCUUAUUCAAAAGCUGAAACGACGAGACGAAGAUUUGCAGAGCGUACGAAACCGCAUGGCGGAGGGGUUGGUUUUACUCUCCCAGAAGGAUAACGUCAUUUCGGCUCUUCAUCGAGAACUGGAAAAGUAUACGCAAUCGAUUACAAACUUCGGUGAUAAAGAUUCCGCGCUAGCGAUGUUGAACACGGACUCCAAUUACUCCGCCGAGAUGCUGCAAAGCAUCACGGACACCGUUCACGGCCGAACGGAACGCGCCCGGAUGAAGCUCAGCGUCGCCGAUUUAGAAGCCAAAUUACGCCGACUCGAAGAGGAAAAAGACUCCAUAGUGUCCCAGCAAGACCGUUAUCUCAUGCAUGUCCAGAACGUCAUUUCGGUGCAGGAGCAGCAGCUGCUCGAGAUUGAGGACGCGCUAUCGGCGCACGUGUGUCCGUCGGCGCCGGAUCCUUUAAGUUUGCCGUGUUAUCCCUAUUCCGAGCUUGGCCUCGUGGAUGCCGAGGGGUUGGCGGAGAUUAGCAGCUUUUCCGCCCUCUUUGAGAGGUUUCCCGGGGUGCUGGAGCCGCUCCAGGACCUGAGCUUUGACGGCUCCUCCCAGACAAUGCGUGAGGGGUUGGAGGGUUGCCUGGAGGCCCAGCGCGGGUGUCUUCUUGUGUCACAAGAUCUCACCCGAUUCCUUAGUACUUUUGAACGGGGUGUGAAUGGGAACUUCCUGUCCAUCUAUGAACUCCGUGAGGAAUGGGGGAGGUUGCAGCCUUCUCACUUCGCGCAGAAGACCGCGCAGGCGCUUCAGCGGUGUACCAGCAACCUCGUCAAAGCCCUCUUACAGAUGCUCGAGGAAAAGCAGAGGCGUUGGGAGCCUUUGGAGGAGCGGAAAUCCACAACCUCUUAUUCCACUCGAAAGAGCAAGGACACGGGAAUAAGCUCAGAGGCGGGUGGCGCGACUUCCUUGCGUUCGGGCAGAGCGAACUUGACGUCGGCGCGCUCGAUGACGAAGAAGUCGGAGUCCCAGUCCAACAGUAGCUACCACAGCGCUGUGCCCCCACACCACGACUUCAACCACAUCGUGCAGAGGGAGGACUCCCGGGUUAGUUGGCAGUCUACCGUGGACCCAGACUUCUCCCGCCCGGGAUCAGGCGGGAAAGAAGGGUGGGCCUCGGUCGGCGCGGCGAGUGUGCCCAUGGGGGUGUACAUGCCCACCAACUGCCCGAACUGUCAUACUUCGCUGGCUGAAUAUGAGGUGAGAGGGACAGAGGUGAAUGGGGCGCGUUUGGGCUCGGCGGAAGCAGCCAGUGAGAUGGCCACGGGUGUGAGUAAAGAUGAUACGAACGUUUCGGGUGCCUCUAGAAACCGCCUCUUUCAUCAUUCUUCUGAACCAAAGGCUUCUGUGGGGGAUGCUAAUGAGGACAGCUUACCACUUGUAAAUGAGAGUCCUAAGCAUGAUUCCAUAGCUUUGAAUGCCAGCGCUACAAUCUCUGCGAGGGAAAUAACAGAUAGGGAUGGUCCGACUUCCUGCAGUGAGAAUGACAAGGAUAUUUUCAGCAAUCCCAUACCUUUGAGAAGCUCAUCAGGUUCUAUUUUGUCUAACAGUGUUUCUGUGAGAAAAGACAACUCUAGACCACAUACCAGCCACACAACCACCUCUGCGAUGCAUUCGAAUCAUAGCAAAGGACGUUAUUCAGUUCCCACUUCCAGAAUAGGUUCAUUACAAGUCAUAAGGCGUGAGCAGCUCUCUGGCGAUGACCAGAAAAAGUCUGAACUUCUUGCUCAACAGUCUUCUGAUACUGUUGGGACCAUCUCACGGGAUCACCAGAGGGUCGAUACCGCGAAAAGCAUAUCCCGAGCAUCCUUGAACUCCCUUCGGACUGCCCAAGCGUCACUGCCCUUAAAUAGUUUUAGAAUUCCCUCUGCUCACUCUGAGCGCCCAAGUUCAGUGCGGAAUUCCCAGCACAGAUACUCUCUUCUUAGCUUGGACGACGCACCACGAUUUUUCGAGAGCGAGGAUGGUCAACACAUGCUUAGGCUGCUCUCGACUGUACUGAAUGUUGAUACAAGUUCUAAAGCGUUCACGCGUCCGUUGUCGUCCGCGCUUAGAAUCCGAAGUAUUUCCAACGCCGACAACUCCGAUAGGGACAUCCCAACAACGACGGAGGUUGUCCCCGAAUCGAAGGAUAACGCAGCUUCGUUGGUCAGGGAGCGGGCUUCUUCUACCAUUUCGCGUACUUCGCGGGGGCACUCAAACGACGUGGUCGUGCAGCUGGAGGAUCGAAUGAUGGCCUACGCCAUGGAGAUCGACAUGUUAACGCGGGAACUAGAGGAAUUGCGUGAUUUCAAAGCUCGUGUCGAGGCCGCGGGGCCAUUUGAUAACUCCGCGAUAUUGGCCGAUGCGGCUUCGGAGAUCGAGAGCGGUGGGAAGCGGGGUACUCUGAGCAGCGAGGACUUCCGAGGCUCGGAGCCUCCCGUCAGCACAACCGGCUCCAGGUAUAGAGAAAUGCUGUCAGGCAGGUCCCAUUCCUCUAUUAUUCAUCUCAUUCCAUCCAGUUUACACCACGCCGAGAGGUCGUUGCCGGGGACCUCGACGGAUUAUGACGCCCAGAGACGGCAGUCCACGGAAAGCUUGCAGUCCAAUAGAGGCAUCGGCCUUACAAUUCGUAAACUUAGCAUAUCCGUUCCAGAUAACGCUACGUCACGGUUGAGUCUUGGGGUAAGUUCUCGUACCUCGAGGACGUACAGCACGGAUGUUACUGGGGAAAAUCGUAGCCAACGGCAUCGGGUUAGGGACUCCCUAGUCUCCGCCAAGUUCAGGGAAACGUCCGCGAAGCAGCCAGUAGCUCGCAAUGCUAAAGGUGUUUCCUCUAUCAUCAAAGACCCCCCCUCCACUACCAAAAGCACUCUCCCUACCACGAAAGGAGCCCUCCCCACUACCAAAAGCGUUCCUCCUACCACGAAAGGAACCUCCCCCACUACCAAAAGCGCUCCCUCCACCACGAAAGGAGCCCUCCCCAUUACCAAAAACGCUCCUCCUACCACGAAAGGAACCUCCCCCACUACCAAAAGCUCUACCCCCACCGCGAAAGGAGCCUUCCCUAGUACAAAAGGUGCCCCUCCUAAUAUCCAAGACAUUCCCCCCUCUCCCCCUCCCAACAAAGGGGCUACCCAACGUCAGAGGAUGCCAUCAAUCAAUCCCGGGGCCGCUAUUCAGGACUCUAAAACCUCGCGGCAGUAUACGGCGCGGUCCACGCCACCAGUUGCGGUCUCUCAAAGGCCCACCACUUCUUUGCCUAACAACCGAACCCUGCGAUCCUCCAGGGGGGUGGCGCAGGCGGUCCAACACCGCACCAGUUCUGGACCUCAUCCACUUUCAAUGGCGAACAACACCCGGGUUUAUCCCAAUACUACAGAUAAAAAGAGCUAUUAUAUGUCCUCGGAUAGCCUCGCGCAGCCGGGAUUCCAACCCACCCAGCGUGGUGUUUCUCCAUCUUCCACUCCAAGUCAUGAUCCUUACGGCUUUUCUAAUGUUAUGGUGGUGGGCUCUCGGGUUAGGGCGUCUGACUCUUCUCAAAUGCUUCCCCAAGCUGUUGAAGAACGAGGGGGGCGGGUUCCGCCGACGGUUCCUUAUGUCAUGCCUAAUUUUCGUGGAUUGCCGCCUUCGGUUCGCUCGAACUUCCACCAUCCGAUACCAAAGGUGCGCUCGGAUGAGCUCGAACGAUUGAAUAAGAAAAAUGAGCCAAAUCUUUACACGACGCGGAGCUUUAUCACCGGGACUGAGGGGACCCACAUGACUACCAAUGACCCGGAGGCUGAUACUCCCGUAAACAUAAUUAUUCAUUCCUUAUCCUUAUCUCAAUCGGCGAAUUCGGCCUCAUCAAUGAUGCCCGGGCCUAUUUCUGUGCGGAAGGAGGAACCUCACCCCCCUGCCCAACAACAUCAGGUCCCAUCACCGCGCCACCCGCCCAUGGAUCACCACGAUGGAAGCGUGGAUGCUCUGGGGCGAUCGAUAUCCCUUUUAUACACCGCACCAGGUCAGAAUCUUGAGGAUGACAAGAGAAUUGAAGGCGCAACGAUUGUAUCUCCUCGAACUAAACCGGCUUUCAGGUUCGCCUCGACCCACAACUACUUUGCCGAGAUCCAAAACCAAAUAAUAGAGAACUUCCUUAAGGUCCCGGAGAAGCUUUCAUCAAGCCACAAGUUCGCGCCCUUCCCGAAGAGGAAUCUUAACCCACAUUUGCCUUCACGCCGGUUUAUGUUCAAGCCACGACGAGCCUUGUGCCGACCCAAAAUCCAUUUAGCGACGGGAUUUGUGAACCCUACUGGUAAUAUUUGUCCAGGCCAGAAUAUUGAUUCACCUUUUAGGAGAAAGAAUCGUGGGGAUAGCCAGGAUUUGAUGGCGAGAGGAUUGAGUUUUAGACCGUUGACCGAUCCAGGAAGAGACACUCAGUUGGAGGGUCCUUUAAGACCUGGUUAUGCACUUAGAGGUAUCGCGUUCUUCGGCCGCCGUGAUCUUCCGAUUGGAAUGCAUAAUCGUUUCGAAUCCCGAGGAUUGGUAGCUUUACUGCGAAGACGCAUUCGGUGGCUGAGAGAGCAGCAAAGAGAAACUAUCAAAUCCAAGAAGCUCACUCCUCAUGGUAUUUUGUCUAUUGUCAAGCCGUACUGUCUUUUGGAUCCGCGACAAACGACGACGUCUUUGUAUAUGCUUCGUCGGAUGCUGCACUCGCGCCGGUCCCGCGCAUCUGUGCCGUUGGUCGCGAAAAGGAAGGAUAGAAAUAUUCGAUGGGGUGGUGGGAAAGUUGAUAAUAAUAUGAAGAAAUAG